AAAUAAACCCAAUUUAAGAAUAUUUCACUCUUGGUCUUAGUUCUAUAUGGUCUUAAUUAUGUAGUUGACAUGCUAACCACAUAAUUUUAGAAUGUAAUCAAGUUUCUUAUGUUAGAUCUAUUAUCUAAAACUUCUAGUUUUGUCGAUAAUAAUAAAGAAACUUUUUGAAUUACCUGUCACUAGAUAUGUAUCAUAAACCACUGGAUAUGUGAUGAAUCUUUACAUUCCUAAAAUUUUGAGGUGAAAUUCUGUGUUUAUACAAGAAUACCAAUUUUCACAAUAUUUAGUGAAAUCUAUAAAGUAAGACGAUAAGACAUGAUCCAUCCAUUAUAAAAUUAUGAAACAUUUAAUAAAUUCUUCACUAGAUAAAUUAAGCCAAGAAAAAUAGAGUGUGGAAUAAUUAGUCCUGCUGACUCAAAGAUAUUAUCCAUUAGUAAAAUAACUAAGAAUGAAUGUUUACUUGUAAAAAGAGUGACAUAUCAAAUUGGAUAAUUUUUAACAGGAAUUAAGGGAUAUGAAAUGGAAUUUAAAAAAAGAUAAGAAUCCUCUAAUCUUUGGUCUUGUAUUUUUUAUCUUGCACCUGGUGAUUAUCAUCGAUAUCAUUGUCCUGUUGAUUUUAUUGCAAGAACCAGAUUGCAUAUUCCAGGGAAAUUAGCACCUGUAAAAGAAAGCAGUCUAAAACAAGUAUAGAGUUAAAUUAUAUUAAAAAAUAGGGAUUAUAUGAAGGUAAUGAAAGAGUAGUUCUUGAAGGAGAAUGGGAAUAAGGAUUAAUGUAUAUAAUAUUCAUAGGUGCCACUAAUGUUGGAUCAAUGAAAGUUAAUUUUGACUCAGAUUUGAUUACUAAUACAAAUACAUAUCACAAAAAUGGCUAUCGCAAUUAUUCAAAACUAUCAGUUAAUUCUCCUUAUUCAUCAUGUGAUAAAGGUGUACAUAUUAAAAAAGGAUAAGAAAUUGGUAGAUUUGAAAUGGGUACUUAUCAUCUUCAUUUAAUUAUUAGGAUCUACUGUUGUAAUGAUAUUUGAAAGUACAUCAAUUGAGUGGAAUGCAAAACUUCAAUAAAAGGUUUAUUUUGGAUAAUAAGUUGCUUCUUAUUGAUAUAAGUGUUAUCAAUAUGUACAUUAAAAUAAUAUAAGUCAAAUAUUUGAAUGAAUUUUAAACAUUCCUCAUAUUCUUCCCAAAG